GUAUGGCACCCACCCUCGCUUAUAAGCAAACAUUAGAGAAUCUGGUGACGUACCUGGAAUCAUUGUGCUAGCUGCAGCGAGUGCAGAACCACCAAAGCCCGCGGUGGCCUGAGACUCCACGCUCCCUAUGGUCAUAGCUCCUCGGCGAGCAUCAAAAACUUCGAGGAGUGAUUGUCGCUACUCAGUACAGCUCCUCGAGGCGCGACUACUCCCAAAUCCUCUGCAUCAAACUCUAUUGAGCGGUCAGUGACGAUGACUUCAGCAGAGCAGCCACCAAGACAGCUGGAUCUCAUCUCGGAUGCACCCAUUGUAGACUCAUCGAAAACCUACGACCUCGUCUGCAUCGGCUUUGGACCAGCUCAGCUUGCCACGGCCAUCGCCAAUCGAGAAGCCCGAAAAACUUCGAACGUGCUCUUCGUUGAGAGAAAACCUUCUUUCUCAUGGCAUCCAACGUCGCAGCUCCCACGGAUGCGAAUGGAAAAUGCCUUCAUUUACGAUCUCGCGACAACGCGAAAUCCACGAUCGGGGUUCAGCUACGUCAACUACCUCCUCGCUCGGAAUCGCCUCGUCGAAUUCGCAAAUUCCGACCGCCUGAACCCAUUGAGGGAAGAGUUCGAGGACUACCUCCGCUGGUGUGCUGAGCAAUUCAACGACCAAGUACACUACAGCAGCGAGGUAAUCGGCGUCACUCCGGAGAACGAGUCGGGCUCCGUGAGGCGCUUCAAGGUAGCCGUGAGAGACGCACACGGCAAGACGUACGUGGUGGAGGCGAGGAGCAUCGCAGCGCCCUCCCCGCCCGGCCGGCGCGACCAGAAGCCGCGGCCUCUGACGAGCGUCAACUUUGAAGCCGGCCAGCGCAUCGUCUCUGCGCACGAUUACCUCUCGAGGAGGAACGAGCUGCGGGACCGGCAUGAGCCUCGCCUCAACAUCGCUGUCGUCGGCUCUACCCAGCAAGCAGUCGAGAUACUGGACGACCUUCUGACCUGCCCACGGCUCGGCAACAUAACCAUCGUCACGGAGAACGAGUCGCUCGCUCCGCUGCGGAUCCUAGAGGACGCACCCGAGCCACCGCAGCCACGGCUCUGCUCAAUCUGGGCGAAGCCGUCGUGCGAGCAGAAGCCCACGAUUCCCGGCUCCUCGGAGGUGAUACAGCGCAUCUAUCUGCGCGCAUACGAGAAGCAGAUGGCCAGCAGGGGAAGGUACACCCUCCGCGUCGUCGUGGGGAGGGACGCGGCCGAGCCAUGCUCCAAGGCCGACUUCAUCAUUUCUGAGCAUGCAGCAAGCGAGCUGUCGAGCAGCGGGCUCUUCAGUGGCCUGGACCAGCUCGUGCUGGGGUGCCGGCAGAAGGGAGAGAGCCUGGAGGAGGUGCAGUUCAAGCGCGGAGCCGUUGCCGAGAGCUGCAGGAUGUGGAUGCUAUCGGCGCACUCGGAGGGCGGGCGCUCAUUGGCGAAGGAUAUUGCCGUGCGGGCGGGCGAGGUGGUGAGUGCGCUGGCGGCUGCAGAUGAGGGUGUGCGUCGUGAGGGCGUCGGGAUGAUCAGUGCCAGGAUGUGAUGGAGGACGCGUCGACCGGGGUCGGCAUGGCAUGUGGGAUGUGGUUAUGUAAUCCGCAAAUUUGUAUCUGAUGGCGCUAGUCCAAAUGAAUGACGUUCAUCUCCGACCUCGCUCCGGACGAUACCUCCUCGCCAUCAACGGUCAU